CAGCCAGACGCUCUCGAGUGGUAGCGCUCCAAGACGCAGCGCCACAGAAAUUCAAGUGCACUUUUCCCUCUUCGCUCUUACCAUCUGUCAGCCAGAGCAGUGAACAGACGUGACUCAGUAGGCAUGCACAAUUUAAAGAAGACCGUUAAUCCCAGCCGUCUCUGUCAAAACCGUUUGGUUGCCAGAUAGACAGGAGACAAUACCACGGUCGACAUCAAUAUUUUCAAACUAUUUUUAUUUUAGUUUUUUUGCUAUAAUGAACGACAUCAAACUUGCAGUACUGGGGAGCGAGGGGGUCGGAAAAUCAGCCCUCAUCGUGCGAUUCCUUACAAGGCGAUUCAUUGGGGAAUAUGCGUCAUCCUCAGAGUGUAUAUACAGAAAGCGUCUGUCUAUUGAUGGAAGGCAGUUGAAUCUCGAGCUUUACGAUCCCUGCUCACAGCCUUGUGAGGGGAAGUCCUCGCUGAAUGAGCAGAUGCACUGGGCGGACGGCUUCGUGGUCGUCUACGACAUCAGCGACAGGUCGUCCUUCGUCGCUGCCAAAGCCAUCGUGCAUCUGAUCCGGGAGCUCCACCUGGGAGUGACCAAAAGAGACAUGGACUCCGUGGUGUUCCUGGUGGGCAACAAGCAGGACCUGUGCCACGUGCGGGAGGUCAGCCGGGAGGAGGGCCAGCGGCUGGCCGCCGAGGGCAAGUGCCAGUUCUACGAGCUGUCCGCCGCCGAGCACUACCAGGAGGUGGCGCUCAUGUUCUCCAAGGUGGCGCGCAACGCCGGCCUGAGCGGCAAGGCCAAGGACCGCCGGCGGCCGAGCGGCUCCAAGUCCAUGGCCAAGCUGAUCAACAACGUCUUCGGCAAGAGGAGGAAGUCGGUGUAGAGCACAUGCAUACGCCCGCCUGCGUACACCAGCCUGUGUACACUAGCCUGCGUACGGCAGCCUGUGUAUGCCAGCCUCCGUAUGCCCGCCUGCGUACGCCCGCCUGUGUACACUAGCCUGCGUACGCUAGCCUGUGUAUGCCAGCCUGUGUACGCCAGCCUGUGUAUACUAGCCUGCGUAUGCUAGCCUGCGUACGGCAGCCUGUGUACGCUAGCCUGUGUAUGCCAGCCUGCAUAUCCCCGCCUGCGUACGCCCGCCUGUGUACAGUGCUAGGACUGCCUGUGGCUGAUUUCAGAGGUAUCCUGAGUCACAUCCUCCUGAGACUUGUACCGAAUCAGUUAAAUCAUGUGACCACUGCUACUUUCUUGUCGUGGGAGGCAGGAAAUGCGUUUCUGUGUUAAUGCGUAAUCUUUUGACCUGUCCUAACGUAACUGUAAUGUUGAUUAGAGUAUCAAACGUACUGUGUUCAUGCACUGUAUGAAUGCUGUUGAGUUGUGCAGUAUGUAAACAGUAUAUGUAUUAAUAUGGUUUGGUACUCUAGUUAAAGGUACAGCACCUGUUGGAUAUGAAUGAUUUCUUGAGCUGUGUGCCUGGGAGCACAGAUCCUCUUAAAAAUCUAGAAAAGGUUGACAGCCUCAAGAAGUAACUUGUAUAACAUCUGAUGGAAAAACAACCAAGACAUUGUAAAAAGUAAAAUUAGACAGACUAGAUGAUCGCAUAUAGACGGUGCCUUUAAAGAACACACUGUAGUUUUUUGUAUUUAUAUUGUGUUUUUGGACCUGACCUCUAAGGUAAAAAGGUGUAGCUAAGCUCUCUUGCGUCAAACGUAACGUAAAAUGUAUAGUUUCUAUAGUUUUUUUUAUAGUUUUUACAAUCGCUACUGUAUAUAUACAGAACACAAGCAUUAAUUAUUCAUGGCUGUAACUAUGGACUCUAACUAUGGUGUUCACAUACCACUUCAUUACAUACUGUAUGUGCAAGUGUACUGGUACCACAUAUGGAGUUCGGUGCUUUAAGGAAAAACACACUGGAAAUGCAAUGACCUAAAUAACAAAACUUCUGCUUAUUCAAGUAUUAAGUGUGUGUUUAACGGCAGUACCACUACAUCAUUGUGUGUACGUAGAUAAAUUCUUUCAGGGCUUAAAUACUUGUAUUGGCUGUUUGGAUGUUAUGACCAACAGAAGCCCUACAAGCUAGCAAAACAAAACCAGUGGACAGGUAUGAAAGGUAUUUUCAACCUGAACAGAUGAAUCUAUUACAUCCAUGAGCAUUCUACUCAGCAGGCAAAUAUAAUAUGUGUGUGUGUGUGUGUGUGUGUUCAUUUUUAAGCUAUCUGUAUCAAUGUAAAGACUCUCUCUUAAUAAAUGACUUUUGAGAGGGG